AUGGGAAUAGUCAGUGGCUCAAGAUUCGUAGUUCUUCUUCUCCUAUCCUGUUAUUGUAUAAAAUUUGGCACCGCUAUGGACACUAUCACAUCGUCUAACUCAAUCAAAGAUCCUGGGGCUAUAACCUCCAACAGCGGGGUAUUCCGGUUUGGGUUCUUUAGCCCUGCAAAUUCUACAGAUCGCUAUGUGGGGAUAUGGUACAAUAUUGGCAUUCCUGAACAAUCUGUUGUUUGGAUAGCCAACAGGAACAAACCCCUCAAAGAUGACUCUGGGGUUGUCAUGAUAGCAGAGGAUGGCAAUCUAGUGGUUUCAAAUGGACAAAAGGAGAUUCUUUGGUCAUCCAAUGUAAAAAGUCCAGCAGCGAAUACAAGUGCUCAGGUUUUAGACUCUGGAAACCUUGUGUUGCGGGGUAUCACUGAUGGAGCAAGCUUAUGGGAGAGCUUUCAACAACCUUCUGAUGCCUUCGUGCCAACCAUGAAAAUUAGUACUAACGUAAGAACAGGUGAAAAAGUGCAGUUGACAUCAUGGAAAAGCUCUUCUGAUCCAUCUAAUGGUAGUUUCUCUCUGGGUCUUGGACCCCUCAGCAUUCCUCAAGUCUUUAUUUGGAACAAUACCAGGCCGUAUUGGCGGACUGGUCCAUGGAAUGGUCUCAUCUUUACUGGCGUCGAACAUAUGUAUUCAUUUUACCUUGAUGGAUUUAAUCUUGUGGAUGACAAAGAAGGAAAUUUUUAUAUUAUGUUUGGUUUAGUUGGCAAGUCUUAUUUAUUGUAUUUAUAUUUGAAUUCACAAGGAAAACUAAUACAACGAGACUGGGAUGAAGGGAAGAGGGAUUGGAACAUUAGUUGGUCUGCUCCGGAAACAGAGUGUGAUGUUUAUGGCAAGUGUGGGGCAUUUGGAAGCUGUGACUCUCAGAAACAACCAAUUUGCAGCUGUUUAAGAGGGUUUGAGCCCAAGAUCACAAAGGAAUGGACUAGAGGAAAUUGGGCUAGUGGAUGUGUCAGGAGUAAACCUUUGCAGUGUGAGAGAACAAACAAUGGCAGCAAACCUAGCAAAGAUGGGUUUUUGAAGCUAGAGAAGAUGAAAGUGCCAGACUUUGCAGAGUGGUCACCUACCCUGGAAGACAAAUGCAAAGAACAAUGCCUGAACAAUUGUUCAUGUGUUGCUUAUGCAUAUGAUGCCGGUAUCGGUUGUAUGUCAUGGAGUGAAAACUUAAUUGACAUGCAGAAAUUAUCCACAGGAGGGCUAGAUCUUUACGUUCGGCUAGAGCAUUCAGAACUUGAUACGACGAAAGAAAGGAAUAUGAUUAUCAUAAUAACAGUAGUUAUUGGAAUUAUCAUCAUUGCCAUCUCCACAUUUUUCUUAUGGAGGCGGAAGGCCAAACAAAGAGUUAACAAAGUAAAAAGUGAAGAAAUGCUGCUACCCAAUAAGGGGGAUAACAUAGAUGAAGUUGAACUCCAGCGACUACCACUACUCAAAUUUGAGGAACUUGCAACUGCGACGACCAACUUCAGCCUUUCAAACAAGCUAGGGCAGGGUGGUUUCGGUCCAGUGUACAAGGGAACAUUAAAGGAUGGGCAAGAAAUAGCAGUGAAGAGACUGUCGACAGGUUCUGGACAGGGGUCAGAAGAAUUCAUGACUGAAGUGUCGGUGAUAUCUACACUCCAACAUCGAAAUCUUGUUAGACUCCUUGGCUGUUGUGUUGAAGGAGGUGAAAGGGUGUUGGUCUACGAGUACAUGCCCAACCGAAGCUUAGAUGCGUUUCUCUUCGAUCGGGCCAAACAAAAACUACUGGAUUGGAAAAAACGCUUCAAAAUUAUUGAAGGAAUUAGUCGAGGUCUCCUUUAUCUACACAGAGAUUCCAGAUUACGAAUUAUCCACAGAGAUUUAAAAGCAAGUAAUAUCUUACUAGACGAAGAAAUGAAUCCAAAAAUCUCAGACUUUGGAAUGGCUAGGAUUUUUGGAGGCAAUCAAAAUCAAGCCAACACAAAAAGGGUAGUGGGAACACACGGCUACAUGUCUCCGGAAUACGCCAUGGGAGGACAUUUUUCAGAGAAAUCCGAUGUUUUUAGCUAUGGUGUUCUAUUACUGGAGAUCAUUAGUGGGAGAAGAAACACAAGUUUCUAUAACCAAGAGCAUUCUUCUAGCCUUUUGGGAUUUGCAUGGCAGUUGUGGAAUGAAGACGACAUUAUGGCAUUACCGUAUACAGAUCAAUGCCAUUUUCAGGAAAUAAAGAGAUGCAUGCAUGUGGGAUUGUUGUGCGUACAAGAAUUUGCAAAAGAUAGGCCGACUAUAUCUACUGUUAUUUCAAUGCUAAACAGUGAGAUUGUAGAUCUUCCUACUCCAAAACAACCUGCUUUCAUUGAAAGAAUGAUUGCAGUAGAUAUAGAGUCCCCUCAAAAUAAUCAGAAUAGAUGCUCUAUAAAUGAUGUGACUGUUACCAAUGUCGAAGGCCGAUGAGAAGCAAGUUC